AUGAGGGGCGGCUUUGUUCGUAGAGGACACUCACGGUCCCAUGAACCUAGAAAAUUCGGAAAGAAAAUGAUCAAGUGCAACCGAAUGUUAAAAAAGUCAGAACAGGAAAUGACAGAUACACAAGGCCAGUGUUUUAAGAAUGUUGAGAAAGACACUCCUGAGAUAAGAGUAGAGAGAGCUGAUGGAAUCUGCAAUGUAGUGAUCAAUGAAGUGGUCUUAAAACAAUUAAGACACCCAUGGUGGGAUACAUUGAUAGUGAAGUUGUUGAGUCGAAGAAUCUCUUUGGCAGUGUUAACCAGGCGACUAGAGGCUAUGUGGGGAAAACAAGGCAGUAUAGAAGUUAUUGAUCUUGGAAAUGACUUUUUCAUUGUGAAGUUUUACUCCCAAGAAGAUCUCGAUUUUGCGCUAAUAGGAGGCCCAUGGAGAAUCUUUGAUCACUAUCUCACGAUUAGUUUUUGGAAGACAAAUUUCAAUCCAAUGGAAGCAUCUAUUGAGUACACAGUAGCAUGGGUGAGACUUCCAGGAUUAAUGAUUGAAUAUUACGAGAAGAGUAUGCUAGAGAGAAUUGGUAACAUUAUAGGAAGAACUAUAAAAGUAGAUUCCAACACUGCUGAUAUAUGCAGAGGAAAAUUUGCCAGGCUGUGUGUGGAAUUAGAUCUCCCAGCACCCUGGUUUCACAUUAUUCCAUUAAUGGGGGUGAAGUAUGUUGUGGAAUAUGAAGGCAUACAUAAUAUUUGCUUUUCUUGUGGAAUGGUAGGGCAUGAAAAGACCAACUAUCCCAAGAAAGUCCAAACCCAGAAAGCUCCAGAAAGCAAUAAUAGUGGAACUGAGAAAAAUUAG